UGGUGCCAUCCUCGGGACAGUUCAGCACCCACCAACGCAGGCAGGGCCUGGCAUCCUGAGAUGAGUGAAGUCCCUAGAAAGGAAAGUUAGCUUCAGGGCCCCGCCUCAGGACACAUGAGACAGGCAGAGGGCACUCUUGGGAGAAUCUUCCCACCACCUCCUGCCAAGGAGGGCCUUUGCAGACCUUGGCCAGCAGGGAGCAGGUACCUUUAAAUGCUUCUGUGGCAACCAGCUCCUCCUCCCUGGUCCCCUGAGGCCUUUCCAAGGAAGCUGGCUUAGAGGCUCUGCGUUUUCCUGGUUCCCCAGCAAAGAGAAGAUUCCAGGGAGAGUCCGAGGCAGCCUGGGAUGGAUCUGGGGUCAGGCAGCCUCCAGGGUGGGCACUCAGAGAUCACCUUCCAGCUGUGGCUACAGUUGUUCCUCUGGGUCCACCUGGCCAUUCGUUUCCUGGGCUACCUGCGCCAAACCUUCUGGGGGCCUAAGCUUCAAGCAGCACCCUGAACCAAGGGCAGAAGGGCCCCAAAUCAUGCCCAUCCCACCCACUCCUUAUUCCACCCCCUGCUGGAAGAGGCAGGGAGCAGAGUGAAAGAAUUCUUAGCCAAAGCCAAAGAAGAUUUUCUUAAAAAAUGGGAAAAUCCCGCUCAG